AUGCGUUCUCAUAUCCGAGCCGUAACAGGUCGCAACCUCGCUGAGGCGGAGCCGCAUGCACAUAACGACCUCUUGGCGCCUGCAAGCGGAUUGCCUCCUCCAGGAAACCAAGAGGACAAGAGCCCUGGUUUCAAAGUAGUAGACUGGGUUCCCUUGCAUCAUACAAUGCACGAGCUCGGUUCGCUGUAUGAACUACCAAAGACCAUGGAAAGCGCAGCCUUAUACGGGCCGAUACGAGAAAAGUUGGAAAGGAUGCGCGGGCGGUUGGUUGAGGGACUUCAGGCCCCUCGCACCACUGUAGAGGCAGCCGCAGCAGCCCUGCAGAAGCUGUGCAGCGAGCAGCCCGCAGCUCCUGGGUGCAGUAACGAGGUCAUAAGCGUACAGCGUGAUCAGCUCGCUAAUUCAAAGCGGAACGCGUCUUUAGGAACAGCUGUGUCAGUUGAGGCAGCGCCUGACGCUACACGUGAUUGGCAGUUUGAAGGAGUCGUCACUCCGUUGCCAGCACAUAUUCAAGAGCAAAUUCAGAAGAAUCUUCAGAUUGAGCAGGCUAUUCUGGAGCACAAAUUGCUCAUGCAGCAGCUGGCCCUAAACAAGCAGAUUGAAGAAUUAAACAGAGAGCUGGGCGUUGACGAAUGGAUAGAUCUUUGGAUGCGACUGGGGCCUCAAGUAUCUGACCAGCCAGUUCCAGAAGAGACCAAGGACGACACUGAAUCAUCAGAGUUGCUUGCAAAGUUAGCUUCCAGGUAUCCGCAACUUUUCGAGGAAGAGCCCGUCUACUCUUCCGUUCCACAGCAAGCAGCCCUAAGUGCCGCAUCGGCGAUACACGCUCAAAUGACAGACGGGGAGGGACCCGACAACAGUGGCGGCGCUGACCGGAUGGAGAGAGACAAAGCCUUCCAGAACAGAGCCUCUGUCACGUCUGGAACAUACUGGACGCCGCCACUCACGGAGGCUGCGCCUCGAAGCUCUAGUCCUGGCCAGAAUCAUUCAGCAUCCCUUCGGCCAUUCGAAUUAAAUGGCCGGGUGGCAGUCGCUUCGCUGGAGAAGGGAGUCGUGGCGCCCGCCCAGAAAACCGUAUCUCCCCGUGAGGUGCAGGCAGACAGCAGGGUGGUGCAGUCCAUUACAGCUAGGUCAUAUGCGGCUCCCGCAGGCAAUCCCGUGCAGCAGUCUGCCUCAUAUCGUCCCCUAGCGCCCGGCAGAUCAACUGAGACGGGAUCAGCCAAGGUGCGUGAUUCACCACACGAGAGGAAAUCAAAUCUAUCAUCCGGCAUGCAGCCGUGUUGCAUUAAACAAGCCUUUCUACAAAACAUUUCGGAGGGACUGACCUCAGUUGCGCAAGUGUUGCUUUCGACAUUACGAAGGCCGUGGUUUUGUGAUGGUCCUCUUCAGGCUCUGGUGUACGAAGGCCAGGAAACGCGACCUGUUCCUGCGAUGCCAAGUCUCCGAGGGGUUUCUCUAGGUACGAGACCGGUCACUGGUGAAAGACAAACCGACUCUCUGUCCGACGAGAAAACUGCGGAGCCGCCCCCUAUCAAUCCUGUACUGGCAGGAUUCUUUGACAGUCCCACCAUUGGGUGGCAUCCUACAGGGUCGCCUGUGGAUGGGGAGGGUGGUCUGAGACAAGAAGUUCCAAGAAUUGGACCGCUCUCUCAUUUGAUCGAAGCACUGCGAGAGAUUAUCAUUGCCCACUGA